AUGCUACUGGACUUUGCUCUUUAUAAUCCUCUCAAAAGCCCCGACACAAACACAAAAUUAUAUGCCUGCGUGCCUGAUGGAAAUCCUACCACUCAAGCCAUGGAGAAAGCUGCAGCCAGCGUUUACUCUGAUACAAACGAGUCUCAAGUGGACAUGGAAUUCAUCACGUUCAGCAUAGAAAGACAUGAGACUAUUCCAAGCAUCAUUGCGGCACUUCAGCAGGUCCAAGGUCGCUUGGGCGGCACAGGCCAAUGCCAGCAGUCUAUCAGCUUUAGCUAUGCACAGGAGACAGCCAUGGGCUUAUAUGUCAGCGGCAAUAUUGAGCACAACUCCAUAAUCAAGUCUAUGAUCUCAAAGUUCCUGGACCACAUCCGAACAAAUGGGGUAGCUGACCGUGUGGUGUUGCAGCUAUGCGGAACAGACUCAGACAGCACAGUCGGUCUUAUUGUGGAUACCACUGGUUCAUUAGGGCAAGUUCAGGACAUGGCCUCACUGUCUCUCAAAUUUGCUCCAACUACAAUUCAGAAGGCGAAGGCUAAGCAAAGCCACAUGGAUCAACACAUUCACCAACAAGCCACCUGCUCCUACAUCAAGGUUGUGUCCGGUGACUCAUGUGGAUCGCUGGCCUCCAAGUGCGGCGUCACCAGUCCUCAGUUUGAGGAAUACAAUAAGAGAAAAGCCAACUUGUGUUCAACACUAGCUAUCAGUCAGAUUAUGUGUUGUUCACCGGGUGAUCUUCCCAAUCUAAGACCAAAGCCCAAUCCGGAUGGCACCUGUUCCUCAUACACAGUCGUCACUGAUGAUAGCUGCUACAAGAUAUCCGCUUCCAACGGCCUUACUAUCAACAACUUAGAAUCUUUCAACAAGCAGACGUGGGGAUGGGCAGGCUGCAGCAAUCUCAUGGUUGGGACUAGAAUGUGUCUCAGUAAGGGCAACCCACCAAUGCCUCAAGCAGUGUCCAAUGCCGUGUGUGGCCCACAGGUUCCCAGAAUGAGAAAACCAAAUAACGGCCAAAAACUCGCUGAUCUGAACCCGUGCAAGUUGAAUGCUUAUUGUAACAUCUGGGGCCAGUGCAGCGUGACUGCUGAUUUCUGCACCAAGUCCCAGUCAAAGACUGGUGCUCCUGGAACUGCGGCACCAGGUGAGAACAGUUGCAUCUCCCACUGCGGCACAGACAUUGUAAACCAAAAGAGACCAGACCAUGUCAUGCAGGUGGCAUACUUUGAGGCAUUCAACUACAACCAGCCAUGUCUGAACUGGGAUGUCACUGCAGUGGACACUUCAUUCUACACGCACAUUCAUUUUGCGUUUGCCGACAUUACGACUACUUUCGAGGUGGACAUCUCUGCGGUGGAGUUGCAGUUUAACAUGCUCAAAGGCAUGACCGGCAUUAAACAAAUCCUCUCCUUCGGAGGCUGGUCUUUCUCUACAGAAGCCGACUCAUAUCCAAUUUUCCAUGAAGGAGUGACGGACGCCAACCGUCAAACAUUUACCAGAAAUGUUGUUGACUUUAUCGUAGCGCACGGGCUGGAUGGCGUUAACUUUAACUGGGAAUAUCCCAGUGCUCCAGAUAUCCCUGGGAUUCCACCGGGGAGCAAGCAGGACGGUCCCAACUAUGUCAAGUUUCUUAAGAUGGUUCAUGAGAUCCUCCCCAAGGACAAAAGCCUUUCCAUUGCGGCUCCAGCAUCAUUCUGGUAUCUGCAGGGCUUCAAUCCAAUUACCGACUUCAAGCCUCUGUUGGACUACAUGGUUUAUAUGACUUAUGAUCUGCACGGACAAUGGGAUUACAACAAUAAGUGGGCCACACCAGGCUGUCCGAAGGGGAACUGCUUGCAAAGCCAUGUCAACAAUACCAAAACCAUGACCACCAUGAGCAUGAUCACCAAGGCUGGCAUGCCGACCAACAAAGUAAUCAUGGGUGUUGCAUCAUACAGCCGCUCCUUUAAAAUGGCUCAAGCGGGCUGCACGGGACCUAUGUGCCCAUAUCUAGGACCAGUAUCCGCGGCUGCACCGGGCCGUUGCACGGAAACACCUGGCUAUAUUACUCUUGCUGAGAUCCGGGAGAUCCUUGAUCAGAAUCCAACAGCAAAGACAUGGUAUGACGAGCAGUCAAUGAGUGACAUCAUGGUCUACAACGAGACGGAAUGGGUUGGAUAUAUGAGCAAAGACACCUUCGCUCUUCGGGCGUUCAACUAUGUCAUCCUUUAUGGCUUUGGGGGUUGGAGUGACUGGGCCGUGGAUCUGAAGGAAUUUUACACCAUUCCAGAUGUUACCUACGAGUCUUGUGAUAAAACAUACGACACACUGCAGGCCAUAUCAGAUGAUCUUAAGAAUAUCCCGGACUAUUGUGUCGACACAUAUACCAUUCCGAUCCUAGGUAAGCGCCUUCAGUCGGCCCUGGACAAGUACAACGAGCUCUUGAAACAAGGGUACGAUGACAAGUUCAAAACAUACUCCAAUUACACCAAGGAUUCCGUAUGGUCUCAAAUCAACGAGUACAUGAUGGCCCACGGCGACGACCACUUCAAUUAUGUUGCGCAGUCAUACAUCACCUGCUGCGCUGACUGUGGCUGGCAAGGAUGUCGCGAUGGCUGCGACGGGUCGUGCGGAAAAGGGGAGUCAGGUGACCAAAACAAGACCGUCUCAUGCCCUGUGACUCGCCCUAAUACAGGCAUUGGAUCCGACGGGCCCACUAUCUAUUGGCAGCUAGAGGAUGAGAACGCCUUCCUCAAGGACAUAGCCGAGAAGUAUGGCGUCGAUCCCUCAUGGAUCACCUACAAGCCGCGGCGAGCGUCGAGCUCUCAGGGAUGCAAGCCUGUUGACGACUAUGAGUGCGGGUUCUGGUGGUUCGGAUACCCGGCCCGAAAAGACCAUAUAUCGGUGCCAAAUCCUAAAGACGUGAUCGCCACCGCAAUGACAAACCUGACCAUUAUUAGCGACAUGCUGGCUGAUGCGGCAAUAGAAGCGGCAACCCUUCUGUAUGUCGGCUCAACAAGCGAUGUUGUUGCUGCUUCUGAGCUGCCCGUCUUCAUGACUGAGUUCGCGGUUGAGUCAAUGGAGAAGAUCGUCAAGGCGGCAGAUGACAUUGAAGACGCCGAGAAAAAGGCGAUGAUCCUCAAUUUUGUUAUGGCUUUCUUGAUGAUUGUGCCCGCUGUGGGUGAGGCGGUUGGUGGUCUUGGGUUUGCCACCAUCGGGCGUAUCAUUCUGCUGACUGGAGCCGCGGGGGACACUGCGUUUGGUGUGUAUGGCUUGGUUGAUGAUCCAAAGAGUGCUAUCAUGGCUCUGUUUGCUGCCCUUGUUGGCUUCCGUGGUGAAAUGGGCUUUGCAAAGGCGGCAGAGGUCAGAAGGGGCAUGACCUCCAAGGAGAUUGCAGCACUGGGCUCAUCGUUCAAGGAGAAAAGUGAUUUGCUACAUUCGAUUCAGAAGGUAUGCAAGGCUUGAGAGUAUGGUCUCUUAUAUUUAACUCUGUACGCUACCGGCAGUGGUAUUCCAUGUUCGAAUUUGCGUGUCCUGUAAUAUAUGUAUAUCUGAAUAUGAUCCAAGCACAUCUGGG